AUGAAAUGGGAUGAUGAACAGAAAAUGGUCGGAAAAUCAAAAGCAUCACAAAAACCAAUUGUUAAAUCAAAUGAAAUUGAAAGUAAAAAGGUUUCAAAAACAGUUGAACCAAAAUCAUUAAAUGAUGGUUUCUCAAAUUCACAUGAUGUUGUACCAGUUGGAAAGAAAGAAAAGGGUGAAAAACAAUUAAAUAAAUCAAAAGAAUACGUUUUAGGUGUUAAAGGAUCAACAAUUUUAAUUAGAGAAGUACCAAAAGGUUUUUAUGAAACUGAAAUAUAUAAAUUCUUUAAACAAUUUGGAGAUAUUAAAUGUGUUAGAGUUGAUAGAACGUUAUCUGGUAAAUUUGCAAAAUGUGCUUUUGUUAGAUUUUUUGAUGCAGAAGUUGCAAAGAUUGCUAAAGAAGCAAUGAAUGGUUAUAUUAUGUUUGGAAAGAAAUUAGAUAUUUCAAUUAUGGAUGGUUGGGUACCACAUCAAAGUUCAUUUUGUCCAAGAGAAUUACUUCUUUCCGCAACAAACAUUCAUAUGGAUUCUUUACAUAAUGCAUCAAAACGUAUUAAGGAAGAAAAAGAUACAUACAAUCAAUUACCAACAGAAUCUAUCAUUAAACUCUUAAAUGAACGUAUUAAUAGAGAAAUUAUAUUAAAAGAAAAAUUAAAAGAAUUUGAAAUUGAUUAUAAAUUUACUGGUUAUUUAGAUGCCGUUAAAUCUGCUCUCGAACCAAAACAAACUGAAAUUAAAACUACUAAAACUACACCAACACCAACAACUACAACUAAAACUGUUACAAAGAAAAUUGUUAAAUCAAAAUAA